AUGAUAACUCCGGUAUCGAAUCAGGUGCUUCAGCCGACGACGACUACGAGCUCCAAUUCCGAUCGCUCUCGCCGAAAGCGGAGGAAGAAGUCUCCGCCAGCGCUAGUUUCGUCUCCGUCUCCAUCGACGUCGUUGCAGAAAUGGAGAUCGGAGAAGCAACAGCAGAUCUACUCGACGAAGCUGGUUCGUGCUCUAAGGGAGCUCCGUAUCAGUCAACCGUUGUCACAGUCAUCGAUUCCACGAGGCGGUCGAGCCGUGCGCGAGGUCGCCGAUAGAGCCUUGGCGGUUGCGGCGAGAGGCAAAACGCUGUGGAGCCGAGCGAUUCUAUCCAAAGCCGUGAAACUCAAAUUCAGGAAACAGAGGCGGCAGAGAAUCUCGAAUCCGGCGAUGUCAACGGCAAUCACCGGGAGUAUCCGGUCGAAGAAACAGAGAGCGACGGUUAUGAGGCUCAAGGCUAAAGGUUUGCCAGCUGUACAGAGGAAGGUGAAAGUGCUGAGCCGGUUAGUUCCCGGUUGCCGUAAACAGACAUUACCGGUGGUUUUAGAAGAAACCACAGAUUAUAUAGCUGCGAUGGAGAUGCAGAUUCGUGCCAUGACUGCUAUUCUCUCCGCCGUCAGCUCUCCGCCGCCGCCGCCGCCAGGUCAUGAAGGGGGACAAACACACAUGCUUGGUUAG